GCGAAACAUGGAGACGUCAGAUGGGUUAUCACUGCGUGUGCAAUACUUGGAUGAUACUGACCCAUUUGCAAGUACAAUAUUUCCUGAACCUACUCGCCCACCGUGCUAUGGUUUUAAUGAAUUUAUUCCAUUGAUUGACCAGAUAGGAGGAAUUCACAGACUGUUAAAUGCACCGCAUAAGCUUGAAGAUUGUACAUUGCAGCUAUCUCAUAAUGGAUUAUACUUGGAUUUGGAAUCAUCCAUUGACGAACAAAGGGAUGAUUUUGAGGGUUUUCAAAAUAGUGAAGGAAGGAGGAAUUCAAUUUUACUGCGGACACAGCUGUCGGUCAGAGUUCACGCUUGUAUAGGUACCCUAAUCCCUACCAAAUCCUUGUUGAUCUGGCCUUAUAUCUCCCAAGUCCGGCUUCUUAAAGUUCCCAAAAAUCUACCAGAACGACGUAUACUCAAAAAAACGCAAAAACCUAGUUACACUGCAAAAGAAUCCGGUUAA